CUCUUCGAAACUUUGCGACUAUCAACAUCAAUGGCAGAGGAACCGCCUGAGGGCGCUAUCAGGCCUUUCAAGCCAGAAGAUAGACCCUUUGUACGCUACCUCGUCGGCGCCUCACGUCUCGAGCUGGCAGCUUUUGCCAAUUCGCUCGCGUUCACUCGACCCGCCUCGCUUGCGUUUCUCCUCAUUGCCUCGACGAGCUUCAUCUACAUAUUCAAAUGGGUGCCCAACUUCCAUGUGUCCGACAUCCUCUCUGGCGCUACGCGUACCUGGACGUUCACAGAGACGGCGUUCGCCAUCAUGGAGGCGCUCUACUUUCUGCCAGGCUUAGCGGCCGUCAUUGCACUCAUGAUCGGCACCUUCGAGCUCAGGCAUAAGAUGCACUUUGAUAUCAUCAUGCGCAGGGUCAUGGGAGAAGAGGACGUACGCGAUAUCGAAGGGUUCUACAAUGUCGUCAAUGGCAAGCUCGCGCAAGACUCGCCUUCUGGCUUCUGGGUCCUCGAAUUCGACGAGCGUAUCAUCGGAUGCAUGUCGCUCGAUGGCGAGCGCGCAGGCGAGCUCUUGGAUUCGUUCGAGGACAAGGGCGCGUCGCCAAACGGCAAAAGCAACGGCGUCAAGGCCAUCAAAUCCUCGCCUGCUUCGGGUCUUCGCUCGCGAAAGCGAACGCAGAGAGGCGUGUCGAACGCCGGCAAGACGAGGGAGAUCCGUCAUCUGACAACAUCGCUCACGUUCCGCGAGAUCGAUGUCGACGCAGACAUGAUCGAGUUUGCGCUCAAGUAUGCGUUUGCACCUCCAUCUGGCCCUCCUGCAGAUAGGGUGGUCAUCAGUGUAUACAAUCAGCUCGAAGCAUCGCGGGCGAAAACGCUCGUCGGUCUCGGUUUCACUAGAGAGGGACCCGACGCGCGAGUAAAGUCACUCAUCCAGACAGGCAGAUGGGCAAAACUCGAGCGAGUCAUGGAGACCUUCUGGCCACUAGACCUCAGAGCUAGUCUGUACGAAAUCACUCGGGAGCAAUGGACAAAGCGGUCUCUGUAAAGUUUGCAUUGGUUUCACUGUGACGACUGGUCUCGCGCGAAAACAGGCCAUUCGCAACUUGCAGUCUCAGUGAUGGAGCUUCCCAUAAGGACCUUUGAUGUGCAACACACAAGGCUAAUCAAACUGAUCGCUGCAAGCAAUGCGAUGGCUGCAACGCGAGUCAGAGACAGGAGUCCUCGGUUGCCGAUGACUUGAUGAUCCUGAGCCCACCGAAACACUGCAUCAUCUUUCCGUGCUUUUCUUCGUCUUCGCUUUCCUGCACGAUGGCGUGGUCCAAGUUUGCAGCUCUCUGCCUCCUCUUAACUCAUUUCCUGCUGGCUCAAGCCGCUGGACCAAAAGCCUCUACCGAGUACUGCGUUGGCUUGCGCAGGUUCACGGCCACUUGCAACCAUUUCGUCUUGCUCUACGGACGACCUGUCAGCUUCGUGAUGACAUCCUCCUCGCCAGAUCGGCUCUUCACACUUAAGGUGCAACCCGAGCACAGUGAG